CAUGUACAUCAAAGAAGGGGGGUAUCUCGUUCUUGACCUCUUUUUCUUCUGUUGCCGCUACAGCUACAGCUAGCUAGCUACGAGCUCUCUCCAUAACUUCACCUCUAUCAAGCUUUCUAUACAGUACAGUAACCAAGACAAUGGCUGUAAAUCCACAAGCUUUUGAGCAGUUCACUCUGAGACAAAUUCGCAUCACUGAGAAUGAGUUAGGACAUGGUUCCUACGCUGUUGUCAUGGAGCUAGAGUAUCGAGGACUGAAAUGUGCCGGCAAGAAGCUUUACCGAGUUCUCUACGAGACUGGAAUCGGGCAUGCAGCACGAAGGUAUCUGGAGGAGUGUCACCUGCUCAGUCAAACUAGGCACCCCAACAUUGUCCAGUUUCUGGGAGUCUGUUUUGAGGAAGGCUCUCAGUUCCCCAUCCUAGUCAUGGAGUUUCUCCCCACCAACUUGACCAGCUGUCUCGAGCGCUACGGUAUUCUCCCCGAUGAGAUAAACUUCUCUAUCCUCCAUGACGUCUCACUGGGCCUGGUCUACCUCCAUGGCCAAACACCAGUCAUUGUGCACAGAGAUCUCUCAGCCAACAAUGUCCUCUUGUCCACCAACAUGACUGCCAAGAUAUCCGAUCUAGGGGUUGCUCGAAUAUUGAACCUGACCCCCCUUCAAGUGAGUCGAAUGACGGAGACCCCUGGUACCCCAGCGUACAUGCCCCCCGAAGUGAUGGUUGCCAACCCCCACUAUGACACCAGUGUGGAUGUGUUCUCCUUUGGGAUCAUGAUGAUUCACACCUUCACAGCAGAGUGGCCACUACCAAGUAUUGGCCCCACCAGAAUCGAUCCUGCUAAUCCUAAUGGUUUGAUACCAAUGACAGAAGCUGAACGACGUGAAGAGUUUCUUCGAAAAAUUUCCCCAGACCACCCUCUGAUGGACCUCAUCAUGCGCUGUCUCAGCAACAACCCUCAGCAAAGGCCUAGAGCAGCGGAGAUAGUUGGUCGGAUGGUGGGUGUGGUACUUGAACACCCUCCCUCCUUUGAGAACAGAGUGGAGAUGCUCCAGCGAGUGAGUGCCCUACUGACAGAGAAGAGGGAGCUUGAGGAGAAGGUUGUGAGGAAGGACUCGGCAAUCCAGGAGAAAGCUGGAGAAAACGAGGUACUGGCGGAGGAGAAAAGACGACAAGAGGAAGAAAGUAAAAACAUUGUCGAGCGUAUGCAGUUGGUACACUCUGUGGAAACUGAUCAAUUUAAAUUGGAAAACGAAGAUCUUAAAGGUCAACUCGAAGCUAAAGAGACAAUUGUUAACAUGAAAGAUGAAUUUAUUAUUUCAAGAAAUGCUAGGAUAGUGGAAUUAGAAACUCAAUGUAAGCAACUCACUGAAGAGGUGGAGCAACAAAUUGCCAACGUCAACUACACUCACAACGAGCUUGUAUCUAAAGCUACAAAAAUAGCUCAACUGGAAACAAAUCUGGAACAAGAGCAAGCCUGUUUAGUUGACAAAAACUCUAUUAUCGCUCACAGAGAUUCGAUGCUUGCCUCCAAGGACUCUUCCCUUCAGAAGAAAGAAGCCACCAUUCAGAGUUUAAACGGCCAACUCACCAAAACCAGAGACUACCUGACCAGCAAACCACAGUCCCUACAGGUUCAGUUGUCCUACAGUCAGUGCUCUGAGGCUCCAGUGAAGAUGUCUAGUGGGCAAGCGAUAACCAUCAAUGGCAAGGUCUACUAUGGUGGAGGAAUGUGUUAUGACGAUGAUGACGAGUACUGUGUCCACUGUUACGAUCCGCCACAAGAUGUUUGGUCAACUCUGCCCAGACUUCCUGUACGCUAUUUUGGUCUAGGAGAGGUCAAAGGUGAACUGGCAGCAGUUGGUGGUUUGGAUUCAUCCUUCUCUAAAUCCAACGUGGUACAUGUGUUUAACAAAGGAAGGAACUGGAAACGGACGAUCCCACCGAUGCCCACAGCGAGGUAUUCACCAGCAGUCGUUAGUCUCCAAACACAUCUGGUCGUAGCAGGAGGUGUGUUGGACGAUGGCGACUUCACUGAUAACGUUGAGAUCUACAACAUCAGCACCUCCCAGUGGAGCGAGACAGACAGACUACCGUAUGCUUGUUAUGACCAAAGAGGAAUUGUCUACAACAAAACAGUGUACCUAAUGGGGGGAAGUGACGGCAAUUUUCUAAACAAGGUGUGUGCUGCUCAAGUCGACAAGCUCAUCUCAGCAGACCGACAGGAUGAUGGGAGUGCCAACAAAGCCGACUCUGUCUGGAAUACAAUAUCCAACACACCGUCUUACUGUUCCUCCCCUGUAACGAUAUUCGACACCCUCUUUGCUGUUGGUGGAGAGGAUAGUGAAGGUGAAGUCACUCAAAGGAUCUACUCCUACUCGUCCUCGAUGGACUCCUGGCUCUACGUUGGUGAUCUACCAUCUCCUAUAGCAGACGCUGCCUCUGUGUCACUGUCUCCAACAGAGUGCCUUAUGAUUGGGGGAUGGAACAAAGAAAGAGAAACACAAUCUACCGUGCAUAAAAUUAGUAUCAAAAUUAAAAGUGCAACAACUAUUUCUUGAUUAUUGUUGUGGAUAAUAAUAUUUUGUAUGGCUAAAAGUUAAUGUUGAUUUUUGAGUGAAAUAGUGCAACCAGCCCCUCCCCCUUAUAGACUUUUGCAAUGUCAGCAUAAACGACCCUCCUCCAGCUCAUGGACAGUUCUCCUCCUGGUGUCCUGUGCUCUAGCUCUGUCAGCGUUGUUCUCCAGUGCUGCUGGUCUCCUGGAGGGACUCUACUGUGGCAGAGAGAGCUGCUAUGACGGCCAACACCUGACUAGCUGAUAAUUAUUCUCGUUCCCUACAUGCAGUUCUUCAAGUGGACAAAGAUGUCACAGCUGUAAGUACAUGUGGAGCUAUUGACUGUGCUCACACACUGUUGCUUGGUUACAGGCUGAGAUGAGGAGAGCCUAUCGACACCUGACACUGGAGUACCAUCCUGACAAGAACAAGGUCACAGAAGAGGGAGAGUUGGCUGAGGGCUCCGCUAGGGAGAGGUUCUAGCUCAUCAGCACGACCUACGAGAUACUGAAGGAUGAGGAGGAGAGAGCAAACUAUGACUACAUGCUUGAGAACCCUGAGCAAGUGUACCGUCACUACUAUCACUACGACCGUCAUCGAGUGACCCCCCCAGUUGGAUAUCCGAGUGGUUGUGGGUGUGGCCAUCAGCGUCAUCUCUCUGGUCCAGUACCUCGGCUGGUGGCACUCGUACAAUACAGCCAUCACUGCAGCUCUCUCAGAAUGCCAAGAUAUUGUGGUAAGGCUGAGGAGCUGGCAGUGGAGAAGGGGUUGUUGAAGGAGGGUCAGAGACAGACUCAAGGGAGGAAGUAAAGAACGACGAAGAGACUGUGCUACGGAGAAUUAUGGAGGAGAACCUCAACAUUCUGUGAGUCGAUAAUGUAACCAGCUAGUCUUAUAUUGUGCCAUUAUUUUGAUAGGAACUUUUGUUUAUCUUUUGUUUACAAUUGAAGUUGAGGGGGGUAGGUUGGUCUACUCACAAGUUCAAGCAUUGUUCUGGCAGAUACAGUAAACCUAUGUUGCGAAGUACAAGGAGGAGAGGAAAGAAAGACAGCCAAUGCCAAGUACAAGAAGUACAAGUGAGUGAGUAAAUGUGUGAGAGUGAGGCCAGUGAAGGAGGCUAGACAAUACCAAGUACAGUGAGUAAGUGAUUAAUAAAGUCACCAUGAUUACAAUACCCCACCCUCACAGGAGAUACAUGAGAGCACUGGUCAGAAAAGAGUCACCACAAACUGUUAGGGACAAUAACAUUUUGUAUGAAAGCAUAUUUAUCAUUGGUUCAGUUUAAAGGAAUCUUGCAGUAAUAAUUAAUUUUGUGUUUGUCAAUUUUA